AUGUCUGGUCAACCGAAUAAUUACAUAUUUUCGAUUCUUAUAUUAUUUACAUUCAUAUGUACAAAUGUUUAUAGUGUUACUUGUCGUUAUGAUCAAAUAACAUGUCAAACUUAUUCGUACACUUGGUGCUGUGAAACUUAUCAAUAUUGUGGAAGUACUUCAGGAUCAUGUUUAUAUUAUACAACACGAGUACCUGUGCCAACACCAUCUUCAGAUUUACCACCAAGUCUUCUUACAGUCAUUAUUGUUGUUCCCAUCGUUUUUAUAGUUACAUGUUUAUCCUGCUGGAUGCAAUCGCAAAAGCAUGCUCGUUCUUCUACGAUAGAUACAAAUAAUGAAAUAGGAUCGUAUACAUAUCACCAACAAUCUAGGCAUAGACCCGGUCGAACUUUUCAAGUUCAUCCUGUUUAUGAUGCUAAUGGUAGAUCACCAAUUCCGAGUAUAUAUGAAGAAGCACCACCAUCCUAUGAAGCUGCAAUGUCUAAUGUACCACCAAAACAUUCAUUAGUAUUAUCACCACCUGUAACAGCAACUGUUGAUGAAAACAGCAACUGCUAA